GCCGUCGCUGCCGCUGCCACCGCCCUGAGUCACUGACUGCGCAGCUCCGGCCGCCCGGCUCCGCGUCCGAGCCUCCUGGAACGAUAUUUGGAGUUCUUACAAGAUGGCAGACAUUGACAACAAAGAACAGUCUGAACUUGAUCAAGAUUUGGAAGAUGUUGAAGAAGUAGAAGAAGAAGAAACGGGUGAAGAAACAAAAAUCAAAGCACGUCAGCUAACUGUUCAGAUGAUGCAAAAUCCUCAGAUUCUUGCAGCUCUUCAGGAAAGACUUGAUGGUCUGGUAGACACACCAACAGGAUACAUUGAAAGCUUGCCUAAGGUAGUCAAAAGACGAGUGAAUGCUCUCAAGAAUCUUCAAGUUAAAUGUGCACAGAUAGAAGCCAAAUUCUAUGAGGAAGUUCAUGAUCUUGAGAGAAAGUAUGCUGUUCUCUAUCAGCCUUUAUUUGAUAAGCGAUUUGAGAUCAUUAAUGCAAUCUAUGAACCUACAGAAGAAGAAUGUGAGUGGAAACCAGAUGAGGAGGAUGAAGUUUCGGAGGAGCUGAAAGAAAAGGCCAAGAUUGAAGAUGAGAAGAAAGAUGAAGAAAAAGAAGACCCUAAAGGAAUUCCUGAAUUUUGGUUGACGGUUUUUAAGAAUGUUGAUUUGCUCAGUGAUAUGGUUCAGAAGCACUUGAAAGAUAUUAAAGUGAAGUUUUCAGAUGCCGACCAGCCUAUGAGUUUUAUCUUAGAAUUUCACUUUGAACCCAAUGAAUAUUUCACAAAUGAAGUGUUAACAAAGACUUACAGGAUGCGGUCAGAACCAGAUGAUUCUGAUCCCUUUUCUUUUGAUGGACCAGAGAUCAUGGGUUGUACAGGGUGCCAGAUAGAUUGGAAAAAAGGAAAGAAUGUUACUUUGAAAACCAUUAAGAAGAAGCAGAAACACAAGGGACGUGGGACAGUUCGUACUGUGACUAAAACAGUUUCCAAUGAUUCUUUCNUUAAUUUUUUUGCUCCUCCUGAAGUUCCUGAGAAUGGCGAUCUGGAUGAUGAUGCUGAGGCGAUACUGGCUGCAGACUUUGAAAUUGGUCACUUUUUACGUGAGCGUAUAAUCCCAAGAUCAGUGUUAUACUUCACUGGAGAAGCUAUUGAGGACGACGAUGAUGAUUAUGAUGAAGAAGGUGAAGAAGCUGACGAGGAAGGGGAAGAAGAAGGAGAUGAGGAAAACGAUCCAGACUAUGACCCAAAGAAGGAUCAAAACCCAGCCGAGUGCAAGCAGCAGUGAGCAGUGACUGGCCUUGAGGACGGCCUCCCUGGCCUACCUUCUGCUUUCCUGGAAAAGAUGAAUAUACAUCAUUUGAACCUAUUUUGAGUUUUUCUG